UUCGAAAUGUACUGUACAGACAUCCUCAUGCACAAGAAUAACGUACACAUGCAAGGUGUAAAAUGAUGAUAGUUUAAAGACCCCUGGUUUGUACAAUAUGCAUGACUCCUGUAUUCUAUUUAACACGUGUUUGGAAAAUCUCUCCUUCAAAUAUCAGAUUCUGAUAUGUAAAUUAUGACAAUUCAAUUAAUAUGCAAAUUAGUGCACAACAGUUAGUGAAUUCAUCAGUGAAUUCAUGCACAGGUUUUCAUGCUUGUAGUAUUACAGAGAAACUGGAAAGUGUAAACUCCUCUGUCAUGAAGAUGUUGGAAAACUUAAAGUUAAAGCUUUACCUCUGAAAGUUACGAAGCGCUGACACUGGAGACUCCUUCCAUAAAUAAACCUCUCCUCAUGUAUCAUUUUGUCUAAAGAAAGUCAGUUUAACCAUUUAGUAGCUUCUAUUGUGAUUUUGUUACUUGGUGUAAUGUUAUUUUAUGAUUUUAUUUGCAUCUAGAAUCUUUACUGGAGAAUGAUGCCUUUUAAAACGACUUCUCUGCUUUGUCUGAUCUUUCUCCUCAUGAUCACGGGAGCUCUUGGGAAUGAAUGGAAAGUGACAUACAUCGAAACAAAACUCUGUGCUUUAAAAGGAUCUACAGUGUUUAUGAACGUUACGUACACACACCCAACACGUCUUACAGUGAAGAACAGGUUUUGGUUAAUAGACCCAGUUCAUGGUAAAGAGCUGACUGAUCUGCGUAAUGAUUCAGGUUACUCAGACAGAGUGGAGUAUUUAGGAGAUGAACAGAAACACUUCUCCCUCAGACUGAGUGACGUGAAGAAAUCAGAUGAACAGAAGUACUGGUUCAGAAUCAUAACAAAUGAAGAAAAAGAAAGAUGGCUGGGUCAUCCUGGAGUUAGACUCACUGUUACAGAUCUUCAGGUGAUCGCUCCUGCAGAAGUGACAGAGGGACAAUCAGUCGUUCUGACCUGUAAAACCACCUGCAGUCUGACUGAUCCAACAUUCAUCUGGUACAAAAACAGACGUGAUUUAACCACAAACACCCCCAAGAGCAAUGAACUCCACCUGCAGCUGGUCAGCAGUGAGGAUGCAGGCAGUUAUAGCUGUGCUGUAAGAGGAUAUGAACAUCUCCCCUCUCCUGAUCAAACCCUCAGAGUCAGAUAUCCUCCAAAGAACGUCUCAGUGUCCAUCAGCUCCUCUGGUGAAAUAGUGGAGGGCAGUUCAGUGACUCUGACCUGCAGCAGUGAUGCUAACCCACGUGUGAAGAUCUACACCUGGUUUAAGGGGACGACAUCAGUAGGAAAAGAAAAGACCUACACCAUCUCCAAGAUCAGCUCUGAGGACAGUGGAGAGUACAAGUGCAAGUGCAGUAAUGAAGUCGGACAUCAGGACUCCAUCAGUGUAACUCUGAAUGUUCUGUAUCCUCCAAAGAACGUCUCAGUGUCCAUCAGCUCCUCUGGUGAAAAAGUGGAGGGCAGUUCAGUGACUCUGACCUGCAGCAGUGAUGCUAACCCACCUGUGGAGAACUACACCUGGUUUAAGGAGAAUGAAUCGUCACCUGUAGGAUCUGGACAGAGUUACGGAGCUCUACAGAGUGGACAGUACUACUGCGAGGCUCAGAAUCAACACGGCUCUGAGAGAUCAGCUGCAGUGUCCGUCACUUUAAACAGUGGCUUUGUAAUUAUGUACGUGGCAAUUGGAGUUGGACUUUUUGGCCUUGUAGCUCUUCUCUCUGUACUCUUCUGGCUGAGAAGCAGGAGACAGAAGAAAAAGGCAGAUGAAGGUGACUCUCAGAACGUCGGGCCGAGCGCUAAAGACGACACAUUUCUCAUCCCAGUCCUCCUGCUGACACGCCCACUUCCUCUGACUAAAGAGCAGAACAUGAUGAAUGAAAUGAGAUUCGGUUAUAAACAUAACAUCCAACUUGUGAAAGAAGGAAAAGUCGAACCGAGGACCAGGAGACCAGCAGGAAGUGCGCAACAAUUCGGGAGCAAAGGAUUCUGCUUUAACACACUCAGAAUCUUUCCAGUAAUGAUGUCCUUCAAAAUGGCUUCUCCACUUCAUCUGGUCUUUCUGUUCAUGAUCUCAGGAGCUCUUGGGAAUGAAUGGAGUGUGACAUACAGCAAACUAAAUCUCUGUGCUUUAAAUGGAUCUACAGUGUUUAUGAACGUCACGUACACACACCCAACAUAUCUUACAGUGAAGAACAGGUUUUGGUUAAUAAACCCAGUUAAGGAUAUAGAACCAACUGAUCUGCGUAAUGAACCAGGUUACUCAGGCAGAGUGGAGUAUUUAGGAGAUGAACAGAAACACUUCUCCCUCAGACUGAGUGACGUGAAGAAAUCAGAUGAACACAGGUACUGCUUCAGAAUCAUAACAAAUGUAGACAGAGAAAGAUUCCUGAGUUAUCCUGGAGUUAGACUCACUGUUACAGAUCUUCAGGUGAUCGCUCCUGCAGAAGUGACAGAGGGACAAUCAGUCGUUCUGAUCUGUAACACCACCUGCAGUCUGACUGAUCCAACAUUCAUCUGGUACAAAAACAGACGUGAUUUAACCACAAACACCACCAAGAGCAAUGAACUCCACCUGCAGCCGGUCAGCAGUGAGGAUGCAGGCAGUUAUAGCUGUGCUGUAAGAGGAUAUGAACAUCUCCCCUCUCCUGCUCAAACCCUCAGAGUCAGAUAUCCUCCAAAGAACGUCUCAGUGUCCAUCAGCUCCUCUGGUGAAAUAGUGGAGGGCAGUUCAGUGACUCUGACCUGCAGCAGUGAUGCUAACCCACCUGUGAAGAACUACACCUGGUUUAAGGGGACGACAUCAGUUGGAAAAGAAAAGACCUACACCAUCUCCAAGAUCAGCUCUGAGGACAGUGGAGAGUACAAGUGCAAGUGCAGUAAUGAAGUCGGACAUCAGGACUCCAUAAGUGUAACUCUGAAUGUUCUGUAUCCUCCAAAGAACGUCUCAGUGUCCAUCAGCUCCUCUGGUGAAAUAGUGGAGGGCAGUUCAGUGACUCUGACCUGCAGCAGUGAUGCUAACCCACCUGUGGAGAACUACACCUGGUUUAAGGGGACGACAUCAGUAGGAAAAGGAAAUACCUACAACAUCUCCAAGAUCAGCUCUGAGGACAGUGGAGAGUACAAGUGCAAGUGCAGUAAUGAAGUCGGACAUCAGGACUCCAUCAGUGUAACUCUGAAUGUUCUGUAUCCUCCAAAGAACGUCUCAGUGUCCAUCAGCUCCUCUGGUGAAAUAGUGGAGGGCAGUUCAGUGACUCUGACUUGCAGCAGUGAUGCUAACCCACCUGUGGAGAAUUACACCUGGUUUAAGGGGACGACAUCAGUAGGAAAAGAAAAGACCUACACCAUCUCCAAGAUCAGAUCUGAGGACAGUGGAGAGUACAAGUGCAACUGCAGUAAUGAAGUCGGACAUCAGGACUCCAUCAGUGUAACUUUGAAUGUUCUGUAUCCUCCAAAGAACGUCUCAGUGUCCAUCAGCUCCUCUGGUGAAAUAGUGGAGGGCAGUUCAGUGACUCUGACCUGCAGCAGUGAUGCUAACCCACCUGUGGAGAACUACACCUGGUUUAGGGUGAAUGAAUCAUCACCUGUAGGAUCUGGACAGACUUACGGAGCACUACAGAGUGGACAGUACUACUGCGAGGCUCCGAAUCAACACGGCUCUGAGAGAUCAGCUGCAGUGUCCGUCACUUUAAACAGGUUUCAGAGCUUAGGUGUGUACGCAGGUGUUGGGGCUGUUGUGUUUGUGUGUGUUUGUCUCAUCAUCACCUUCCUGUUUAUCAGAAGCAGGAGACAGAAGAAAAAGGCAGAUGACGGUGACUCUCAGAACCUGCUCACGUUCUCCACUCCUCCUCUCCGCAGACCGUCGGGCCGAGCGCUAAAGACGACACGUACGCAGCUCUCGACCUCGCGGGCCGGACAUCUGAUGAUGUGUAUCACACACUUGCAAUUACUCAUCCCAGUCCUCCUGCUGACACGCCCACUUCCUAUGCCUACUGGACAGAACAUGAUGAAUGAAAUGAGUCCUGAAACAGCUGAUGAAUAGAGAGAGCUCCUCACUGAAGUGGAGAAACUGAAUCGCUCCUUUACACCAGCGACAUCAGCAUCUUACAGCCAUUUAAAGCAGCUUUAAUCAUUUUAUAGCAGUGUGUGAAGUACUUUUUCUACUGCCAGCAGGUUAGGACUGUUCCAGUCAGCUGUAGAGUUUUCACUCAUUAGUUAUCGCUUCUUUAUUGUGAAUAUUGUAACGGAAUAAAGGGAUUGAAGCUCAACUGAAGUCCAGAAUGUAAAUAUAUUUAGCAGAGAAUGUGUAUUUAGUGAGAAAUAAAACUAAUUAUGAUGUAUUAACUUUCUCAUAACUGUACGCUGUAGGUCAGUGAUAUAGAUUUAAGCAGCUAAUGUGUCAGUGCUGAUUGAUCUAAAGUAAUUACUGCUAUAAACUCAUUUAAAGUAGUGAAGUGAUGUUUUAUUUACUGUUGACGGUGUGAGUGGCCAUGCUGGUCUGAUGUCAUGUACUGAACUCAGGGUUGUUCAUAUACAUCCUUGUUUCAUUUUGUUUCACUCCAAAUAAACAGAUAAAACAUAUUAUUCCA